CCAGGCAAUCACAGGAUAUAAAGUUCUGCCCAAAAGCAAGCUCUGGAGAACUUCAGUAACCUCCAGGAAAGCUCUGAGUUUAGCAAGACUAGUGCAGCCAAAGACGAUAUGAGGAGUCUGCUGGCAGCUCUGAUUGUGACUCUGGCCCUGGCAGCGCUCUGCUAUUGUGAGAAAGAUCCCAAAGAACCUUCAGGAUCUCCAAGUGCUGACAGCAUCAAGAUUAAAAAGGAAGUUGCCAAUGCCUUUGUGAAGAGGCAGAAGAGAUACACCCCGUAUGAACGGUAUUAUGAGUAUUACAAAAGCCCAAUGGAGCAGAUGCAUGAGCGUUGUGAAAACUAUCCCCCCUGUGACUAUCUCUCUGACCAAAUAGGAUUUUCCAUGGCCUACAACUAUUACUUCGGGAGAUACUAAGGAUGGAAUGGUCACUUCAAUAAUUUUGCUUGGGGCCACCUUGCCAGCUAGAAGAAGGCAAUAAUUAUCCGACUUGUUGAGCUUCCAUUAACUUUCUUCCUUUCAUCAAAAAUGCUUCUCUUUAGAUAUCCUUCGUGGUACUUUGAGUUUCACCAAAAAAGACAGAGAAGACUCUCUUAAAUCCUCUUAUGUGAAUUCCCUUGAUGCAGUAGGUGUAAAAACCCUCUAAUUCCUCUAAAGGAAAUCAAUGUAUGCCUUAGAAACAUAACAAGACCUUUUGUCCUUCUCUACAAAAUGCAUGAGGAUUAUAAGACAAUGUCAUAAAAUAUGUAAAUGUGAAGGAUCUGAUCCUGGGAUACUCACUGGGAAGAAGGUGGAACAGCUGCCUCCUUGUACAAUGACCAGGAAAUUACAGUAUUUUCAGGUGGAAUAAUCACUGUAAAUACAUGCCAAUGUAGGAUCAUUUUGUAAGGACAGAAGUGUGGAAAUACUACAACUUAGCCAGAAAUCCAGUUCUGGUACGCUCUUCUGAUUAUUCUGUCACAAGAUUUGCCUGUAUGUGGAUAAAUCCCCAAAGGUGUGUUAGAUGUGUCCUUCCAUUUGUAUAGUUCAUUCAGGACUGUCUGUAAAAAGUAACUUGGAAAUCUCUUGUUGUUUUUGUUACAAUUGGUUUCUGGUGAAACUGAAUAUAUCCAAGCAGAACAAAAUAAUAAAAAAAACCUGUUGCUCUCUGAUGCUUUAGCAUUUAUGCUUGAAUUAGAAAUGUUUAAACAGAUCCAAAAAAAGCAAACAGAAAAAAAGCAAUAAACUUUAUUAAAUAAGCAAAAAGAAAAUUUGUUCAAAGAUAGACUGAAGCUGGGUCAGCAUUUGUUUUAUCCAAGGCAGCUUGGAUCUCUGAUAUAUAAUAAUACAUGUGUGUAUUUGUAUGCAUGUCCUCUCUUCUGCACUGUUUUAUUCUGUCCCUCUGUAUGAAUAUUCUACCUUAGCAGCUUUCUGUACAGCCUCCCUUGAUGUGCUCUGUCAGCUUUCCUUCCCUGAGAGGUAGAUACAUGAUCGAUCUCCAAGGUCAGGGACUGCUGAGCCUCAGAAAACCAAGAAAGACUGAAUCUCUCUGUCUGUAAGCUGGUGCAACCACCCACAGCUGCUGAUCACAAUAAAUACUGCUCAUGUAGAUCAGGUUGGUGUGCUGCUUCUCUCUGAUCCUCCGUACAACCUUUAUCUGCAGUUAAAGAGAAGCCUGAAAGGUUAAGCCUGCUGCUAUGAACCCUGAGGAGCAGGAUCCAGAUGCACGAAGAUUCUUUCUCCCCUCUUUUGCCUCACUGUGAACCAGAAGUGACUACACUGAAAUUCAGGUCAUGAUCCCAGUACAUUGUGACAGUGAAGGCGGGGAGAGCCAGGCUUUUCUUGAUUGAUCAUCUACCAAGUUCAGCAUUUCUCUGAAAAAUCUUGCCCUGAAGUAAGGACAUGGUAUGAGUCCACAGAGGUGGCUGCCAGGGUGACUACCUCUUGUUUGGCAAGCUGCUAUGACUUGCACUGACUACACUCACCUU